GAAGGACCAUUGUUGGUUGGUAUUUUGCUGGGAUUACCAGGAAGUAAACGUCCCCCAAAUUGUACCACAUGAAGUACUCUGCCCAUUAGAGCUCUAAAGAAGUGACCAAGUUCACUCCUGGACACUAGUUCCAAGCCAGGCCCUAGACGCUGCCUGGCGCAUCGCCAGGGGCUCUGUGAUGACAGCCGUGUCACUGCUGGUGGCUGCCGCCUGCUCCUUCAGGACACUGCACCUGUAUUUAGGACACCGGCUGAAGUGGUGGAUCGGCUAUCUGCAGAGAAAAUUCAAAAGGAACCUCAGUGUGGAGGCCGAGGUUGACUUGCUCAGUUAUUGUGCAAGAGAAUGGAAAGGAGAAGCACCCCGGGCCAAGCUGAUGCGGAAGGCUUAUGAGGAGCUGUUCUGGAGGCACCACAUUAAAUGUGUUCGACAAGUAAAGAGAGAUAAUUAUGAUGCGCUGAGAUCGGUGCUGUUUCAGAUAUUCAGCCAGGGCCUUUCUUUUCCAUCCUGGAUGAAGGAAAAGGACAUCGUUAAGCUUCCUGAAAAACUGCUGUUUUCCCAAGGUUGUAAUUGGAUUCAGCAAUACAGUUUUGGUCCUGAGAAGUACACAGGUUCAAAUGUGUUCGGAAAGUUACGUAAAUGUGUGGAACUGCUGAAAACGCAGUGGACUGAAUUUAGUGGUAUUAAGGAUUAUCACAGGAGAGGAAGCAUGUGCAACAUCCUUUUUUCUGAUGCCAUCUUGGAGUACAAGCUUUACGAAGCUUUAAAGUUCAUCAUGCUGUAUCAAGUCACUGAAGUUUAUGAGCAAAUGAAGACUAACAGGAUCAUUCCGAGUCUUUUCAGACUCCUGUUUUCUAGAGAGACGUCGUCAGACCCUUUGAGCUUCAUGAUGAAUCACCUGAAUGCUGUGGGUGACACGUGUGGACUAGAGCAGAUUGAUAUGUUUGUACUGGGUUACUCCCUUGAAGUGAAGAUAAAAGUGUUCCGACUGUUCAAGUUCAACUCCAAAGACUUCGCGGUGUGCUAUCCACAGGAGCCUCUCAGGGAGUGGCCAGAGAUCUCCCUGCUGACUGAAAAUGACCGUCACUACCACAUUCCUGUCUUUUAAAUCUGCCAUGCACAGGGUACAAGCUCUUGCCAGUGACAGUGGUCAUACUUGCAAGCACAGUAUUUUUCAAAAACCAAAGCUGACUUGUGAGCCCUGGAAGGAAUUAGGGCCUUUGCUCUGGAAUUACAGGUACGCUGGCUGACUGGUACGUGACUGACUGCCCCUCGUUGCUCCAUGGCUUCCUCAGAAACAGCGGCACCGU